AUGCCCAUCACAAACGCCACAGGAACUACUGCCGUGACAUUCAUCCCUUCCAUCAUAUUCCGCUUCGGCAUUCCUCACAGCAUCAUCACCGGCAAUGGGUCAAACUUCCUUUCCCAUGAGUUCCAAGAUUUCUGCGAAAAGAUGGGGAUCCACCUCAAUUACGCAACAGUGGCGCAUCCACAGACUAACGGGCAGGUCGAAAAAGUGAACGGCCUGCUCACAGUCGGCAUAAAGAAACGGCUCAUGACUCCCCUACAUCGUGCAGCUGGAGCAUGGGUCAAAGAACUGCCCUCCGUACUCUUGAGCCUGCGGACAACUCCCAAUGGCCACACCAAAUUCACGCCAUUCUUCAUGGUGUACGGCGCUGAAGCAGUACUACCAUCUGACGUCCGGUUCAACGCACCCCGAGUCACGGCGUACUCUGGACCAGAAGUUAACAUGCCAAUGGAAGACGCCCUCGACGCAGUCGACGAAGCUCGCGACGUUGCGCUCACACAAGCAGCUGUCUAUCAGCAGAGCUUGUGUAACUACUUCAACCGUCAGUUGCGCAGCCGCUCCUUCGUCGAAGGAGACCUUGUACUUCGACUCAAGGAAAAGGGUCAUCACAAGCUCCAAUCACCUUGGGAGGGAACCUACGUGGUCACCAAGGUGAUUCCGGGAGGCGCUUACUAUAUCAAAGACAUGAAGAGUGGUGUCACCUACAGCAAGCCUUGGAACGCCGCACAACUGCGACGGUUUUACGCCUAA